AUGUGGUGCCUGAACAUGAUCAUGGCAGAAUCAUCGGGCCUCGUCACCAUCUGCCUUUUAGGAUAUCUACUCAGUGCUGAAUGUACAGUUUUUCUUGACCAUGAAAAUGCCACCAAAAUUCUCCAUCGGCCAAAGAGGUACAAUUCAGGUAAAUUGGAAGAGUUUGUUCGAGGGAACCUUGAGAGAGAAUGUAGAGAAGAAAAAUGCAGUUUUGAAGAAGCACGAGAAGUUUUUGAAAACACUGAGAAAACUACUGAAUUUUGGAAGCAAUAUGUUGAUGGAGAUCAGUGUGAGUCCAAUCCAUGUUUAAAUGGCGGCAUGUGCAAGGAUGACAUUAAUUCCUAUGAAUGUUGGUGUCAAGCUGGAUUUGAAGGAAAGAACUGUGAAUUAGAUGCAACAUGCAGCAUUAAGAAUGGCAGAUGCAAGCAGUUUUGUAAAAGGGACGCAGAUAACAAGGUGGUUUGUUCCUGUACUGCUGGAUACCGACUUGCACAAGACCAAAAGUCCUGCGAACCAGCAGUGCCAUUUCCCUGUGGACGAGUCUCUGCCUUACAUACUUCUAAGAAGCUCACCCGUGCUGAGACUAUUUUUUCCAAUAUGAACUAUGAAAAUUCUUCUGAAGCUGAAAUAAUUUGGGAUAACGUCACUCAAAGCAAUCAAUCAUUCGAUGACUUCAAUCGUGUGGUUGGUGGCGAAGAUGCUGCAAGAGGUCAAUUCCCUUGGCAGGUCCUUUUGCAUGGUGAAAUUGCUGCUUUCUGUGGAGGUUCCAUCGUUAAUGAAAAAUGGGUUGUAACUGCAGCCCACUGCAUCAAGCCUGGUGUUAAAAUUACUGUUGUUGCAGGUGAGCAUAACACCGAGAAGCCAGAACCUACAGAGCAAAAGCGAAAUGUGAUCCGUGCUAUUCCUUACCACGGCUACAAUGCAUCUAUUAAUAAGUACAGCCACGACAUUGCCCUCCUGGAGCUGGAUGAACCCUUAGAGCUAAAUAGCUAUGUAACCCCUAUUUGCAUUGCUGACAGGGAAUACACGAACAUCUUCCUCAAAUUUGGUUACGGUUAUGUGAGUGGCUGGGGCAAAGUCUUCAACAGAGGGAGGUCAGCCUCAAUUCUUCAGUACCUGAAAGUUCCACUUGUUGACCGAGCCACGUGUCUUCGAUCCACAAAGUUCACCAUCUACAAUCACAUGUUCUGUGCCGGCUACCAUGAGGGAGGUAAAGAUUCAUGCCAAGGAGACAGUGGGGGACCCCAUGUUACUGAAGUGGAAGGUACCAGUUUCUUAACUGGAAUUAUUAGCUGGGGUGAAGAGUGUGCAAUGAAAGGAAAAUAUGGCAUAUAUACCAAGGUGUCCCGGUAUGUCAACUGGAUUAAGGAAAAAACAAAGCUCACAUAA